AUGGCGGAAAAGAUCCGCCGCAGCGAGACGGAGAAGAUGGAGCGGAAGCUGCAGGGCUUGCACGUGAAGGAGAGGGAGGCCGUGGACAAGUUGACAAGGCAUAUCAUCGACCAGGUCUUCAGACCUGUGUAUUACUCGAUGAAGGACGAUGAGGACGUUGAGGCGAAGAAGAACAAGAUCUUGGCUCUGAAGAACAUGUUCCGCCUCGAGCCCGUUUACAAGAGGGGCAUGCUGGCGGCGCAGGAGGAGGCGAAGCAGCUGCCGCCGGGUAGGCAAGCGCUGCCAAGCCCAGCGAGCGCCUGA